GAAACAGUAUAUUGCCUUAGAUCGUAAUUUUUUCAAAAAGUUAAACUUAAUAUACUAUUUGUAGUUUUUCAAAAUGUGGAAAGUCCAAUACGUACUAUUCUUGUAUGUGGCCAGCCUUUUCUUUGUUGGCAACGUUUGCAGUAUCGUUAACAGUGUUGGCAAUAAAAGAGCUGCUGAGGCAUUCGUUGGUGCUUCUGGUGAUUUGAUCAGUUCUAUCGCUAAUUUUAUUGCAAAAAAAACACUCGGGUUUGCCUUGAGCAAUAAUCCAACAGCCUUAACGAUCAUAAUCUUAAACAACAUGACGUCUCGUUCGCUUUUCAAUCCUGAAAUAUACCAUAUUAAAGGGCAUGCAGUAGACCCUCCACAGCUAUUUAUUCAUCCAGCUGGAAACGAACAGGGAAGUGACGAUCUUCUACAACAGACAGAGAUUACCAAAAUAGUUGGAAAUGAAAUAAAAGGCAUACUAUGCUACCAAUUAAGCAAAUACCAAUCGUCGGUUGAAAAAAAGCUCUGUAUUGGUUUUGACGUUACAAAAAACGGAAACAAGUUCAAUGUCACUGUUCUGGAUGAAAAUAUCAAGGAUAAAGGAAAAGAAAUUUUCAAUGGCUUAACAAUGAUAUCUGCUGGAGAACAAGGAAAAAACCAACUAUUACGAAACUCUGAACUGCAAAUUAAAAUGAUUGGUCAGAUGACGACUAGUAAAAAUGCACGUAUAUUUCUUCAACUAGAUGAUUUUAAUUACAUCGUAGGCCAUCAAACUGUUUCUGUCAAACGUGAACCAAUCCUUUUGAGUUUAGCGGCAACACUCGUUGUUACAGCUGUCAUGUUUAUACCUAAAGUUUGGAAAUUCUUUCAACGUGAUGUUUCUAACCUUGUAAUGAUUGAAAAUCUGCCUAAUACAUUGAAUUCCUUUACUCUUUAUGAUCCAGUAUGGUAUGGUGAUAAAAGAAUGAUUUUUGAAACCAUUAUUCCAAAUCAAGUGAAACCUGGCACAUCAACUCAAAUAGUUAUUACUUCAAAGAAAAAAGUUCGUUCUGUGCCUUUUACCUUUGCGAUAUCCUUCAAAGUAAGUGCCACAAAAAAUCCCGAUAUUUCGACGAACGCCAAACGUUUGGUCUUUGUAUGCUCGUGGAAAAAAGGGGAUGUACGAGCGUACUCUAUUACGUUGAUGAAAGAUGGUGUCACAAAUAAUGAUACGAUGUUGUCAAUAAAACACCUUACAGACGUUUUCAAUGAGAAAGAUCCUCAAAUGAAGUCAAACAUAUCCCCGUUUUUUCAAUUCUCUUCCGUGAAUAAAAUUGAACUGAGCAAUUACACAAAUUAUAUGUAUUUGAAGGUUCCUGUAACUCCAGAGGCAGAAGCCAGAGUUAAUGGCAAGAUGCAAUUUCUAGACAUGUUGAUUGCAAUGGGAGCAGGAGACAAGACUGUGAUUAACAUUAAAGUAUUUGGAUCAUCAAAGAAUGAAAAUUUUUCAUCUUCAACAAACAAUAUAACUGGGCCUAUCGAUUAUCAUCAUCUGAAGCACCCUACACCCUUUAAUGACCAGUUUUAGCUAUAAAAAACUAAAAACAUUUAUGAUUUUCAAUGAGUCAGAACUCAUGAUUUCUCAUGUUUGCACCAUUUUAAAAGCUUAAAACUGAAUAAUUUAGUUGUUAGUCCAUAAUUAAAAUCUUAGUUGGAAUAAAAACGCUAUUUUGAAAGUCUAAA